GCGAGACUGUUGGGCGAGAAAAGGUCCAACGGGUGGCAACGGUAGGGGGUAUUUGACCACUCAUGGCGACCCGGAGCUUGAGGAGAUGAAGGAGCAUUUCCAUUUAGUCUGAAAGGAGAGACAAGAAAUGAAGGAGAAACGUAGAAUUGAAGAGGAAAAGAAGGCAAAGGAGGAAGACGAGCUGCGAAGGAAUCAGGACUUCGCGAGAAAAGCGGAGGAGUUCAAGCUCCAACUGCGCGUAGAGCUUAUGGAAGAAUGGAGGAGAAGCAAUGCCAAAGCAGAGAAGGCAGUGAACGAGGAGAAGAAGAUCCGUAAGACGACGCAGAAAGCUUGGAGCACGAGGAGAAACCGUAAGGGCAAGAAGACAAAGAGGAGAGGGGGAGAGUCCAGCGGGGAUACCGACACGGACUCAUCAUCUUCGACGGAAUCUGUGACAUCGGACACGACUUUGUCGAGAGAUUCAGAGAUGAAGAUAACGAAGGGGAGACCGAGAGGAAGAAACAGUAAGAAGAGACGGGCGAGAGAUAAAGGGAAGAAUAAUACCGGGAAGAACGGAACGACAAACGGCACUACCCUUGUCAGGACUCACGAGAGAGGAGAAUGCUCGAGACCACGUUUGACAGAAACAAUAAAGGUUAUGAACGCGCAAGAGGCGAGAGGCGAUGAUGAGACGGAACCUCGGACUCCGCUGACCGGCGGAUACAAAGGACUAUCUGCUGGGUGCUCGCAGAAGGGGCUCAUUGAGUACUGCAUAUCCGCACACAAAAUCUACUCCGCUAAGAAGGCCGACUCACUCCGGAAGAUUUGCGAAAAGAAGGGACUGAAGUACACGAAGAAGCCGGAGGUGGUGGAGAUGUUGGCCCGACACCAAGUGGAACUGGCCUAUGACGGCUUCGAAGAAGUUCAGGAAAAGACACCGACGGACGCGAAGGCAAAGACAAAGGCAUCGGGAUCGCCCCGAAGGGAGUUUACGAAAGACAGGAUCGUGUCGGAGAAGCAGACACCGAAGCAAAAUUCACUUCAUCUACCAAAGGAAGUUGUACAUGUUCUGACACGAUUUUCGAAACUAGAUGUUCCGAGGUUCGUUAAGAACUCAAAGAAUGUUACACGUUCCGCUAGAGCAUGUAGCGAUCGAACGAUAGGGGAAGCUGUACGAGAGGCGACCAAGCACCUCGCACAAGGGGCGGCGAUCUCGGUCUCUCCCGACAAAGUAUUCACCAGGGGACCAGUGCAGGCGACGGCCUGGACUGAUGACGAAGUACGAAUCUGGAAUGCUAGAUUCCAAGGUCUCGUUUUGGCACCGAUUGAUCGAAAUCAAGGGGAUACGGCGGUGAUGUGUCCUAUACUGUAUAGACGUGGCUUCGGGAAGACAUUCGCAUGGAACAAUAACUAUGAAACGGUUGGCGAUCUGAAAUCAGAGCCAGGUCUGCUGAAGGAGCAAAAGGCGGACUUCAUCAAGACGGGACUACAGAAGGUCGGUGGAUGGAAAGCGGACGGACGGCUGGGGACGGCAUACGUAAUCCCCAAGCACAAGGACCUGACACGGUGGCGACCCAUAGCACCUGCUCCGGCCGAUCUUGCUGGCCUUGCACAGAGGAGGAUAGCAAAGGCACUCCAUUGUCUUCUGAAACGUCUACCUGCGCACUGCACAUUCUACCUCAAUUCCAUAGCGGAAUUGGCGGAACGGCUACAGGCUACUUCACAACGACUAAGGACAGCUGGUUGCGACCAAGCGAUGGGCAGAUGUUAUGACAUAAAGGAAAUGUUUUCCCGCAUUCCACACGGAGCGGUGGUCCAGGCCAUGCAGCAACUGCUGCGGAGGUACGAGGAUGACGACUGCAAACAGGUGCGGGUAUCCUUUAGAGGCAAGCUCUGUGUGAUUAGCAACAACAAGAAGCAGAUGGAGGGUUACGUAGGGAUAUCACUCAAGACGAUAAUGGACGGCGUGAACUACGACCUCAGGCACACCGUAGUAAAAUGUGGCACGACUUUGGUCAGACAGGUUUUUGGAAUACCUAUGGGAAAAGCGACUAGUCCCAUCCUCGCCUCUAUCACGUGCGCUAUGGUUGAGCUGCGCUUCAUUAGGGAGAUAGGGGCCGACAGAAGACUGGUGGGUGGUUGGAGGAUCAUGGACGACAUUACGAUUAUCGCAGGUACUAACGACAACACACGCAACGGCGAGUAUCUAGACAACCUGUUUCAAGCAUUCAAAGGGAUCUACGACCGACACCUUGAAGUGAUCCGCAAGGAUGAGUGCGGACUGACGUGGGAUUUCGUGGGAGGUACAAUGAUGAUCUGUGGAGAACCUCUUCAGCUGCAUUACACUCCAAGCACUAAGAAUACCGGAGCAUUAUACGAGAAUGGCACUCUCGUAUUCCAAACGAUGCAGGACUACGAUUCUUACUCACCUAAGAGCGUGAAGAAAGCAGUACUGACGGCCAUGAUCAAGAGACUUUGGGACCACGCCACAAGUAAGCAGUUGGUGCUGGGCGCGAUCGGGUACGCCGUGUGUGAGGCAGACCUCCGGGGCUACCCCCCGGAGGUCUCUCUCGGUGCUUUGGCUGACUUAGCCAAAGCUGUGCCGAACCAGGCACUGCAACGCCUGUACGAGGCUAUAGCGUACUCGGCAAGGACGAGGAGAACACCCAGUUACAGGUAGCUGGGUUAACACACCUGGGGCCGAAGUAUUCGGUUGGCUUAGGACAGCAGCGGUUUCUUUCUUUGUUUUUUUUUUUCUUUCUUUCUUUCUUUCUUUCUUUCUUUCUUUCUUUUGUCUUUGGCUUUAUCUGGUCCAAAAGAGUAACAGCAUUCGGAAGUUUUGCUUGUUUCGGGUCGCGCGAGCCUUUCCGGGUUUAUUGGGGGGAUAUGACGCUAUCGGACUUCGCGGACUAAUUUGAGGUUUUCCACACGAACGUUUUCUGACUUUUGGUGCUUCGCGUUCGGACUUUUCAAAAUUUUGUAAUUUUGAAUAUGACUCUUGUAAUUUUGUCU